GACAAAAUUUAAGAUCGUCUCGAGCGACUUGCAUUUGCAUAUGGCCACGUCCACGCUUCCCCUAAUGUCUUAACGAAUGUAUCGCGACGCCGAUUGGUGCUUUUUUCCUUUCCAAAUUUUAAGUUUCGGCGCCGUAUUAUUCGUUUAGCGGAGUUUUUGAGCGCCGCUCGGAAGCUCUACAAACGUUUUCUCCCCAUCUUUCUCUCUAUAGUGCUUCUUUUCUGCUUGGAACUCUCUACAGCCCUCCUAUUUCCAUUAUUUUCAGUUCCAAAAAUGUCGAGGAUAAUCGUGAAGAAUUUGCCGAAACAUGUGGCGGAGGAUCACCUGCGAAAAGAAUUUUCUCGGAAAGGGGAAAUUACUGACGUGCAACUUAAGCGCACCAAGGAUGGAAAGAGUAGACAAUUCGGGUUCAUCGGGUAUCGAACGGAGCGCGAAGCCCAAGAAGCUAUUCGAUACUUCAACAAAUCCUUCUUUGAUACUUCAAAAAUAAUUUGUGAGAUUGCUCAUGAAGUUGGAGAUCCAAAUGCUCCAAUCCCAUGGAGUCGGCAUUCAUUAAAGAAAAAAGAUGAAAAAACAAAAAAUGGGAAGAAUAUCGCCAAGAGUAAAAAUCGAAGCCCUGGGAAAUUAGAAAGUGAGAAAAAGAUUCUGAUAAAGGACAAUGAUUUUGAUCCUGAGCUCCAAGAAUUUCUUGAGGUAAUGCAACCAAGAGUUAAAUCAAAACUGUGGGCAAAUGACACAUUGGUGGCUCCUGUAGUUGACCAAAAUGGUAAAGUUAGAGAGAAGCAAACUGCGAAAAAGAAGGAAAGCAUAGAGAAAUCAGCUGUUGUGCCUAUGGAGUCGGAUGAAGAUGAUGGGUCGGAGUACAGAUCAUCAGACAUGCAGGCAAUAAACGAUGAACAAAGUCCUGCUCGUGAUGAUGUCAUUUCAGAUAUGGAUUACUUUAAGAGUAGAGUGAAGAAGAACUGGUCUGAGUCAGACAGCAGUGACAGUGAUGAUGACAUGGAUGAUGACAGUUCCUUAGAAGAGCGCGCUAAGUGGCUGGAUAUUCAAGAAGACGUUCCAAAUAGACAACUGAAUUCCUCUGAGAUAGAUGUUUCGGGUAGAGAGGAUGGAACGCGAGGUACUGAGGAGGAUGGUGCUAGUGAAAUGCUCGACCAAGAUGAGAAAGAAGUUGACAGAAAUCGCCUUUUUGUUCGUAAUUUGCCAUAUUCUACAACCGAAGAGGAGUUGGAGGAGGUGUUUGGAAAAUUUGGGUCUAUCUCACAAGUCCACAUUCCUAUUGAUAAAGAUACCAAACGUUCCAAGGGAAUUGCUUAUAUUCUAUAUACACUUCCGGAGUGUGCAGCAAGGGCAUUAGAAGAAUUAGACAAUUCAAGUUUCCAAGGAAGACUGUUGCAUGUUAUGCUGGCAAAGCAGAAAAAUCCAUCAGAGAAGCUAGAGACUGCUGCUGCAACGAGUCAAGGCUUAAAAACUUUUAAGCAACGGAGGGUGGAAGAAAGGAAGUCAUCAGAAGCUAGUGGAAAUACAAAAGCAUGGAAUACUUUAUUCAUGCGCCCUGAUACUGUUGUUGAAAAUAUUGCUAGGAAAUAUAGUGUGAGUAAGGGUGAUUUCCUUAACACGGAAGCUGAUGAUCUUGCUGUACGCCUUGCUCUUGGCGAAACUCAAGUGAUUGCAGAGACAAAAAAGGCUCUUAAAAAUGCCGGAGUAAAUGUAGAAGCUUUAGAGGACUUUGCCACUGGGAAGACUGGUGGUAUUAAAAGAAGCAACCAUGUUUUGGUAGUAAAGAACUUGCCAUAUGGAUCUUCUGAUAGUGAAUUGGCUAAGAUGUUUGGUGAAUUCGGGAGUCUGGACAAGAUCAUUCUCCCUCCAACGAAGACCUUGGCCUUGGUUGUUUUUCUUGAACCAGCCGAAGCUCGUAAAGCUAUUAAAGGAUUAAACUACAGGCGGUACAAGGAUGCUCCAUUGUAUCUAGAGUGGGCUCCGGCCAAUGUUCUUAGUUUAAGUUCAACAUCUGAAGGCAAUGAGAACAGUGACGUUGUUGGUCAACAUGAUGCAAAGAGAGUUAUCUUAGAACAACAUCUGGAGGGUGUACCGGAUGUGGAUCCUGAUCCUGAUAGUGUUGAGUCACGGACUGUCUUUGUCAAGAACCUGAAUUUUAAGACAUCUGAUGAGAGUUUGAAAAAGCAUUUUGUUGAACACAUGAAGGAGGGAACAAUUUUAAGCGCCAAGGUAAUGCAGCACUCGAAGCAUGGGAAGUAUGUUUCAAUGGGCUAUGGUUUUAUUGAGUUCGACUCCAUGGAGACAGCCACAAAUGUGUGCAUAUAUUUAAAGGGAACUAUUUUGGACGGGCACGCUCUCAUCUUGCAACUUUGUCAUGGCAAGAAAGAUGAUCAGGCUCGGAAAAAGAAUGUGGAUGAUAGAAGUUCAACCAAGUUUUUAGUAAGAAACGUAGCUUUCCAGGCAACAAAGAAAGAUCUCAGACAACUGUUUAGUCCUUUUGGCCAGAUUAAGAGCUUAAAACUGCCAAUGAGGUUUGGGAGUCAUAGAGGCUUUGCAUUUGUAGAGUACGUUACAAAGCAAGAGACACAAAAUGCCCUUCAAGCACUUUCAAGCAAUAUAUAUAUAUAUAUUACUAACAUGUUAAACUCGGUUAUGGAGAGCGCUAAAGAGGGUGAAACCUUGGAAGAGCUACGUGCCCGGACGGCUGCUCAGUUCUGUGACAAGGAUAACGGGUUUCAAAAUCCGACCAAGUUGUCCAGGAAGAGGAAGAACAUGGACAUCUUGGACGAGCGUCAAAUGAAAUUUGAAAGACUUUCAGAUUAGUGUCUAAAAUGGUUUUUUGGUUUGUUGACUAGGAGAGUUUUAGUAUUGCACUUGCGUUAGGUCAGAUAAUUCCAUGCUCCUUUUCUCUUAUUCAGAGCUGGUAUGUCUGUUGAGUUUUUGACUCUUUAUGUUCUGCUCCAUCGCGUAAAUUAAGCAGGCUUUCUGGAUUUUGGCUCAAUUUUCCAUUUUCUUUUU